GCCUGCCUGGAGGCCGUGCUGGGCAACCGCUCCAGCGCCAACCGCGUCUUCGAGCUCCUGGAGCCGCUGGCGGGCCAGGAGGAGCCGGAGGACAUCGUGAGCGCCGCCAGGAUCUGCGGCCGGCUCUUCGGGGCGCUGCUGGAGCGGCGGGAGCUGUUCGUGGGGCCGCUGCCCGAGCAGGACGCCUCUCUGGGCGAGAGCUACAGCGCCCAGGACAAGUACAGGAUAUGGAUGCGGCACCGCUACAGGGACUGCGUGGGCUGCCUGGCAGAGCUCAUGGGGCACGACGCCUUCCAGGUCAAGGAGCAGGCACUCUGCACACUCAUGAAAUUUGUAGAAUUGGAGGCACAGUAUCCAUUGAUCAAAAUAGAGUGGAAAGGAACUUUAACUUUUCCCUGUGACCUUCUUAAGGUGGUUGUUGAUGGUUUGCUUCCCACCACCGAGGACUCCUCCCUGCUGAUCUCCCGCUUUCAGGAGUACCUGGAGUACGAUGAUGUUCGCUACUUUGUCAUGAAGGCUGUCACUGCCAGCAUUGGGCAGGUCAUGCAAAAGAUGAAGGAGAGGCCGCUGCCUUUUUACCAGCAGAAUGUAUUUUCCCUCAUCUCACCCAUCAACAUGCCAAACAAAGAGUCUGAGAUGGUCAAAUUUAUGGUCAAACAAGAUAACCGUGAGGAGUUGAAAUUUUCAAAGCUGCAGGCACACAAACAGGUGUUUGAAAAAAUGUGGUUGACUUUUUUGAAGCACAAGCUGCCCCCUGGCCUUUACAAAAAGGUUCUUGUCAUUCUGCACGACUCUGUCCUGCCUUACAUGCACGAGCCCACUCUCAUGAUGGAUUUCUUGACAGUGGCCUAUGGCAUAGGUGGAGCAAUCAGUCUUCUAGCCCUAAAUGGGUUGUUUAUUUUGAUUCAUCAGCAUAAUCUGGAGUAUCCUGACUUUUACAAGAAGCUGUACAGCCUGUUAGACCCUUCCAUCUAUCACGUGAAGUACCGAGCUCGCUUUUUUCACCUGACCGAUCUGUUUUUGUCUUCAUCGCACCUGCCAGCGUACCUGGUGGCAGCGUUCAUCAAGCGGCUGGCGCGGCUGGCGCUCACGGCCCCUCCUGAGGCUCUGCUCAUGAUCCUCCCCUUCAUCUGCAACCUCUUCCGCAGGCACCCCGCCUGCAAGGUGCUGCUGCACAGGCCAGCAGGGCCAGCAGAUAUGUCAGAAGAUCCAUACAUUAUGGAGGAGAAGGAGCCAUCUGAAAGCAGGGCUUUGCAGAGCUCUCUGUGGGAAAUUCAGUCUCUCCAGAACCAUUAUCACCCAGAUGUGGCCAAGGCAGCUGCUGUCCUGAACCAGUCCCUGUCUGAAAUGGAGGAUGACAUAUCAGGGCUCCUGGAGCUCUCAGCUGCUGAGCUUUUUGAUAGAGAAGUAAAGAAAAAGGCUGUUGAUGUGCCCCUGGAGUUUGAGCCUGUACGAGGUUUGUUUGGGAAGAAGAAUGAUAUUUUUGCAGAGCACUUCAGUUUAGACUGAUGCCAUCUCUUACCAAAACACAUCUGUCAGCAGCUGGAUCUUAGGGACACACAGAAAGCUCCCCUGUGCUCUGCAGCCCUUCCCUGUGAGGAGAGCUGCCCUGCUUGAGCUGCACUGUGCCCCUUGCCACUGCCCCUGGAUGGACUUUGCUGUGAUUCUCACACUUGCAUUCUGCCACCUGGUAUUUGGGAGGGAUUUCUCCCUGAAGCAAAGAAUUCUGGACCAGUUCAUGGCUGGGAUCCCAGUCCUUCCCCCAGAGCUGCUGGUGCUGGCUGUGACCAGGGACUGCAUCAACAGACAUCUCACUGCUGUUCCAUGGCACUGAGGGGAAUUGCAUUCUCUGACUGCUCUUAUUUUUCAGAUGUUUUACUUUUAUAUGAGAGCUGACAGCCUGUUUGUAAUAAAUGUCUUCAAUACAUAAGUGUAAACACCUGAUGUAUUAUAAUUAUCUUUUUGUAUGCAUUUUUAAGCUCAUCUUGAGAGGGAUGUUUAUCUUGUACUCAGCACUCCCACGUUCAAGGCAUUGAAACUGGUUUGUCUAACAACUCAGAAGGUGCUCAGUAAAUCCAUCUAGGAAAUGUU